CAACCAUUCUUAGUCUUAACCGCUAAAUCACUAAAGACUAAAGUGUCCAAAGCCUGUUAGUUUAAUUUUAAUUAAAAUAAUGUUGUUUUUAUUGUUAUUAAUUUUACUCAAAAGAAUUUGUAACUAUAACUAUGCUAUUACUAUUACUAAACUAUGCUUUAGUUUUAGUAGGUGUAGGUAAAAAGUAAAUGUAAAACUCACUAGUCUUAUUAGUUUAGUAUUCACACAUUUCUAAAAUUACAAAAAUAACCUUACUAGUAACUACAGACUACUACUAACUACUGCUAGUACUAGUAACACAAGUACUAGUAACCAAGUCCAAGUUACCAAGUCCAAGUUAAAAAUAAAAAUAAUUAGCCUACUAAAGCUAAUACUAAUACUAAUAUCAAAUUUCAAAUAUUCCUUAACUUUGUUACUUUAACUUUGUCUUGAGCUUUAACUUUAAUGACUUAACUUGUAUGAUGAUUCAUGACUGUCAUCUGACCAUGAUGAGGUUAGAGCCUUUUAUAAUAUUUUAUAACUAUUAACAUUAUCUUCUUAAUCUUAACCUUAACAUAAGUCAUAAGUUUAUUUUAUGGCAUUGUCGUCAAUGUUGAAUUACAUAAUUAUGAUCAUACAAGUUUAAAGCAAGCAAGAAGAAAUCACAAAAGUUGAGGUCAUGAAUGAGGUAGGCCUAUCCUGCUUUGUUUUGCUUCAGAAAUGUUUGUACAUCUUAUAUUUUGCUGACAUUCUAAAGUUCUUACGAUUUUUAAGAUUUUUACUCACAAGUAAUUUUAUCUCAGAUUUUUACAGACCAUCUGUACAUUUAUGGAUAAUUGAUUAAUUUAUUUUUAAAGUCGUUUUUUUAAAGUCCACAACAUGAACAACCAGCAGGACUCACACAGCAGGCAAUCUGUCAACCAUAGUAAAAUUGAACAGAAGAAGAAGAGAAUUUUAAAAUAAUUAUGAUGGCUAGGGACCCUAGUAACAUUUAUUUUUAAUUCAUGACUAAAAUUAUGUGGCUCCGAUUUAUUAACACUGGCUAAAUAAAUAGGCCUAGGUCCCUAUAAUUUAUAUUACUAAAUAUUAAUAUAAAGAAGGCCCUUAAAGUAUAAUAAACUAAAAUAAAUGACUUAACUUAAGCUACAGCUAGGUCUAAUAUUAAAUUUUAAUUUAUGAUUACUGGUAUUUAUAGUACGAGCCAGGAGGACCUACAGCAGUAGACACACUUUCAUGACUACAUCAACUACAUGGAUGAAUUUCAGAAUAUUUCAUUCAUGAAUUUCAGAAGUCAUAAGAGCAUGGUAUUUUUAGUCCAUCAUCAUAGCUUAAAAUUAAAUUAAUGGGGAAGAUUCUUAUUUUCAAAUAAUUUAAGUUUGGCUAGAAGCCUGUGCUGUUUGCUUUCAUGAUUUCUGAAGUCAAUUGGAUUGUUAUAUUUAAAAAAAAAUAUUGUGUGUAUUUAAUUAUUUUAAUAUAUACUUUAUAUACUAUUAUGUAGGUUAGUUGGAGCAUAGCUGCCCGAGAAAAAUGACAUUGUCUUAAGAUCCUCCCCAUGGGUCGAGCUAUAGUGUCCAACACCAUCUUUGGUAUUUCAAAAGGUUUGAUUAGUUGCCGUUUCAUGAAUUUUGGAGCUUGGCAUACCACUUUAAAAAAGAACUUCAAUUGUUACUUUCAUUCUGACAGUUUUGGACAAUUGUUCAGAAGAACAAAGUAUGUCAGACAGACAGUUUAUUUAAAAAAUGUUUCUACUACUGUGAUACACCUAAGACCGUUUUCAGUGACCUCAGCUUUCUGUUUCAGUGGAUCUCAUCCAAAUAUUCGAGUUAAACCAAAUUUAAAAACCAUGAAACUGGAUUCACCAGAGUUUCAUUCCAUCUUCACUGCAGAGUUGUGCACUCUUGUUGAAAUUUUUAAAAAAUAUGAUUAUGAGUUGCGGAUUGCUGGAGGUGCUGUUCGGGACCUUCUAGUUGGCAAGGUACCAUCAGAUUUAGACUUUGCUACAAUAGCAACACCUGCACAAAUGAAGGAAAUGUUCACCCAGGAAGAAAUCAGGAUGCUGAACAUGAAUGGGGAGGCUCAUGGCACAAUAACUGCUAGAAUCAAUGAUAAAGUGAGUUUGUAACUUAAAUGACAUCACCCUAAUUUUGCUGAUAUUGUAACUUCCGCCCCCCACCCCAUCACAAAAUAUUCACCACACAGUUUAGAAACCUUCAUAAUACAUCAUCAUGAAUUUGUGACCCCCACCUCUCCUUGACAUGCGUAAUGUCGUAUAUUGGUGAAGCCUUAUGAUAAAGGACUAUAACACCUCGUAUGUUAAAAAGAGUCUGUCCGUGUAAUUGUUAUUAAAUUAUUAGUAGGUAAAUCAUAUUCCAAUCGUCUUUUGCAAAUUUGAUCCCUUUUAAGUUUGAAGUAGUUCUCAGUACUUAUACUUUAGAAGUAUUGAAUUGUUUAUCAAAUAAAUAAUGAAUAGCAAAUCUAACUACAAAGCCUUGUCUAAUUUUCUUGUUAGGAAAAUUUUGAGAUUACAACAUUAAGAAUAGAUGUUGUCACAGAUGGCAGGAGAGCUCAAGUUGAAUUUACAAAAGACUGGAUGCUGGAUGCCAACAGACGAGACCUUACAGUAAACUCUUUGUUUUUGGGUAAGAUAAACUAUAACUAAAAGUAGCAUAUGUUUAAGAGAUUUAUUGCACAGGUCAUGUGUCUGUAAUUUUAGCCAUUAUGAAAACAUUAUAUUUGACAUAAAUUGAUUUAUCCAAAGUCUACUUUUUAAGGUUUCGAUGGAACAAUUUAUGAUUACUUCAGUGGUGUUGAAGAUUUAAAGGAAAAGAGGAUUCGAUUUGUGGGAGACCCUGAACAAAGAAUUAAAGAAGACUAUCUUCGCAUAUUAAGAUAUUUCAGGUUUGUUUGUUUUACUUCAUAACACUUAAUUCAUAACUGAUCAAAUAUUUCUAAAGAAAUCAGUUAUUAUUUUUCUAUUCCUAAAUAUACUUAACCAAAAAUAAUUUUCUAAACUGGACAAUGGGGAACAUAAAAUAAACCCUACUCUCUGGAACAAUUCAGAGAAGCCGCAUUUUUAAGAUCUUUAAAAAAAUUAUGUUAAUGAAGAAUUUCAAAAAAAGAAUCAGUAGUUGAUUAUCUGAAUGAAUUUCACUUUCUUUAGAUUUUAUGGAAGAAUUGCCCCUGGUCCUGACUUGCAUGAAAAAGAAACUCUGGAUGCCAUUAAAGAUCAUGGCAAAGGAUUAGCAAGUAAAUUUGAAUUUUAUAAAAACAUUAAUAGUUUUAAAUAUUUAGACACAUUUUACCAAGAUUAUUUAAUAUAUUAAAUUUGUUGAAAACCUUAGAAGCUUAAAUGCCAUUAUAUGCAGUCAGUCCUCGGUGAUGGGGGUUUAAGGCAGGGGCCAAAGAACACAUUUCUCCAUUUUGUUAUGUGUCUCUUUGGGUCCCCAUGGUUCAGCUUUUUCUGUUUUCUAAAACUUUCCUGUGAUGUGAAAAAAGGAAAAGGGGGGGGGGGGGGGGGGCUGGAAUCUAUGGACAAGAUUAAGCUAUCUCCAUCAACAUUCCUGUAUACUUUCCAUAAAUUUCUGUGUAAGAGCAGUUUAACAAAUUAACCAUACUUCACUUGCCAAAAUUAGGCUUAUGGCAGCAUACUUCGGUAUGGUCAGCAUAGGAUUUUUGUGGUGUCAUGGUGUAGUUGGUCACCUCUCCUUUGUUCAGAAAAAGAAUGAUUUCAACAACUAUUGAGCAGCAACUUGUAUAUUUGUUUAACUAAUUUUUAAAAUUAAUUUUUUUUUUUAGAGCAGAACAAGAAAUGUGGUUUACUGUUAUCUCUGGAUUGACAAUGUUCUCAUUCUAACAUUUCAUUGAAAUCUCUUGAAAAUUUCAGAUGUAUCUGGAGAGAGAAUUUGGGUUGAAAUUAGGAAAAUUCUCACUGGUCGAAUGACAGCCCAUAUUUUAGAGUUAAUGAUCAAACUUGGACUGGGUCAAUAUAUUGGUAAAAUUUUAUAUUUUGUUUUUUCAAAAUUUAUAUCAAUUUCAUUAAGUUUAUUUGCAAGUGCUAGAGUUGGAAUUUAGAAAAAAAUAAGUAUAAUCUUAUAAUAAAAAUACUAACAUUAAUCUUAAUUUCCAGGCAGUGGAUUUGAAAGGUCUCUGCAAAUAAAAGAGAUUUUUCAACUCCUACCUUUAUUCUAUUAAUUUUUUUCACCUUCUUAAUUUAGUAUUUAACUUUAACAAGGUUUUAUAAGUUAUUGUAUUUUAUUUCAAUUAUCUUGGUUUGAAAAUCUAAUUCUUUAUUUUUAUCUAAAACUCAGUUAACAUUAAAUUAUUAUGUUAAUGCGUAAUAAUUAAAAAAAAUCAAAAUUUAUCUUGUGCAUUUAAUACAUUGAGAUAACAGGUGAAAAAUAUAGAGGCUCUUAUCUCUUCUGAAGAGUUCUCCCAGAUCUCCACAUCAGAUAUAAUUCAAGUUCAUGAUGUAUUUUAAUAGUUCAAAUCUAUGUCUACAACUGCAAGCUGAAGCAUUUUCAAUACUCUUUAUAGGGCUUCCAAAUGUGACUAACUUCACUGAGUUUUAUCGAGUGUGUGAGAAAACUGAAGGUAUCCCCCAUCAUCAUAUGACUAGAGUGUCAGCUUUGCUAGAAGAUGAGGCAGAUGUAAGUAUGGUUGUGUCUCGUUUGUUCUUUUUUAAUCAAGUUAAAAUUUAAGAUUUUAUAUUUUCCUUAAUAAACAAAAGGAUCAAGGUUUAACAAGAAUAAUUUAGAUGCAAUAUAAUUAAUCAAAUUAGAAGUACUCAAAACUUAUAUAUUUUUUAAUUUCAAGGACAUGUUGUUUCUUGCUAUGAGUUAUAAUUCAUAGAUGUUUUAGAUUUCUGCAGUAAGCAUAACUUCAUUCAGCAUUGUGUGGUUCUUCAGGUUUACAAGUUACUUGAGCGAAACAAGAUUUCUAAUGAAGAAUUGCAGACAGCUUUAUUCAUUGUGCAUCAUCGACAUGAUAAAAUGGAAGGAAACUUAAUUGGAUACUGCACUGAUUUGCAUACAGAUUCCUCAGGCAAAGAGCCAAAAGUCACCAAUAAAAUAGUGGAACUGAUGAAGUACUGUGGCCAUGUAAGUUUGGAAUAGAGCCCUAGCACAGUUUCAGUAGUUAAGACAGCAACGCAAAGAACAAUUAAAAUAUUGGUGUUGUUUUCAAUACAGAAGCAAAUAAAACACUCUAUAGGAUCAACCUAAUAAUGUUUUAAUCAUAUUUAUUUGUUGGCUCAUUACACCAAAAAUUUGUUAGUUUAAUUGCCUCUGUUCUUUAUGAUGGUGAAGCCUCAAAUCAUUCUUACUGUCCUUGUAAAAAUAGUUAAACAUACACUUACCUGAAAUUUUAAUUUUUUGUCUUUAUAGUUUACCUUAGUUAAAAAAAGUCCAAAUUUUUGUGUGUGAAUCAUUUAAAUCUCUUUUAUUUUCUCAGCUGGGUAUUGCUGAAGAGUUCCCUAAUGUCAAAUUGCCAGAGUUGCCUGUUAAAGGACAUGACCUGACAAAGAGCAAUGUCCCUCGUGGACCUAAAUUUGCCAUGACUCUUAAUGAACUGCGAAGAAUUUGGAAAGAAAGUGGAUAUACACUUAAAAAAGAGGAUCUGAUUGAGAAAAUACCUGAAGUUUUAGAAAAUCUUCCAAAGAGCACGAAAAAGAUGAAAAAUAAGUAAAUUGUGAUUUUAAGAGAGUUCUGAAUAAAUUUUGAUGUUCACAAUGUUUUAUUUAAAUUUAUUUUAUCAAAUCGUUCUCUCUGAAUUUACAAUUUUAAUUAAUUACUUCUGUGCUUCACUGCCUGCUACCCUUAGAAUGGUUUCCUGUAGGUUACCCCACUCACAUAGCAACAAUAGUAGGUCAUGAUGUUGCUGUUGUUCCUGGUAAUGGUGGGUAUAAACUACAAAAACUAACUUAUUCCAGUAAUGUCAGCUGAGGCAUUGUGAUUUUUUUUAAAAACAAAGAGUAAAAACAAGUUGUUUCAUUUUGGUGGUUAGGCAGGUGGGCCUUAGGACAGAAGGUAAAUUUAGAAUUUUAUCAUAACUGUGGGACAUACACAUUCUAAAUGAAAAAAAAUGGGUGGGGGGUGUUUCAUCCACAAUAUUAUAAUUUGAUUAACGGUGGUUUUAUGAUGUUUAUUAACACAGAAUUUUGUAUAACUUGUUACAGUACAAUUUUAAUAUCUCUCAAGAUACCAGUUAGUCCUUUCCUUUAUAACAAAUAUAUGAAAAAUGUUGGUUGAAAAAAAAUUCUUGAGUAAACAAGAGUUAUGGACUCGAAUCUAUGUCACUAAAUAGUAUAACACUCAGUAAAACAAAAGCUUAGUUUUAUAACUUUAUAUUUUAUUUAUAUAUAUGUCAAGUUUUAUUUUUCAAGGAUAUGAAAACAUUUGAUAUGCUCAGCUGGGAAAAAAAUGCUUCAAGUAAACAAUAUAUUACACAACCAAUGAAAAAAAGAACAAUAGCUGGUUUAACUUACAGAACCUCUUUUACAUUUUGCUUAAAUUUGAGAGCUAGUUUGAAUCAACAUAUACUCCGGUUAUUACUGAAAUCCGAGACAAUAUAUUGCAAAAGGUUAUCUGAAGCAAAUUCAUUUUUACACAAUCAAAGUCCAUUUACUUUUCUACAAAAGUAACCCAAUGCUACUUUAACCAUGGCAAGUUUGAUCAAGAGAUCUGAACUAACAAACUAAUUAAAUUAUCAAAAUAAAAUAAAAUAUAUUCAAGCAAGACUAAUUGUAAUAAAAUUAUUUGGAAUGUUUUCCAUACUUUAAAGAACAGCUAAUUAUGAUACCAGUCACAUGUGAUUAGUGAAAGACUAGAGCUUUACAAAACAUUAAUUUUUUUUUUUACAGAAACAAACCUAGAUAUUAAUUUAAAUCUGACGUUCUCAUGCCAAAAUUUUUUACUUGCCAUGCACCAUUCUUGUUUAAAUUAUAGCUCAUUUUAUAGUUAUUGAAUUCAUAUAACAGAAUUUCUAUAUUCUACAGUUAACUGCAAACUGUCUUCCUUCCAACUCUUACAAAUUUUUACUAUAGAAACUCAAUGUUUCCCUGAAGAAUGCAAGGAUCUGUUAUGAUUUUGAGUAAGUAGUUGAAGACUGAAGCCUACAUUUGUAUAUCACUAAGACAGUACAAUUAAAUUAAUUAUUUUAAAUAAAUGAUGCUAUAGUCACUGAUGAAAUAACAUGGACAUGUAUUAUACAAGAAAGCUCACAAUGAAUUUGUCAACUCUUCUUGUUUACUGAUGUAUUAAACUAAAUUAUUCAUCAGAUACUACACCAAACCUCAUUUUGUUAAGUAACAACUUAAAAAUAUGUAUUCAGGAAGUUCAUGAACAAACAUCUUUUUUAUGGUAUUUGAAAUAAAAGGACUCAUUCAGAAAAGGAAAUAUGGCUUAUAGCUGGUAAUCCAUUCAAUUAUAUUUAAUCAUUGUUGAUCUCCAGCUAAAUAUAUUCUAAAAUAAAUUAUAAAAUAAUUAAUUCAUUCACUUAACACUUUUUUUUAUUUUUAAUUUUUUUUUUACCAUUUUAGCUGAACAUUUUUGCAUAGCAGCAUACACAUGUUCAGGACUUCCCCAUAAAUACAUAUUUUUUAAAGCUAUUUUUUUGUUUGGAAGACUAGUUGUUUAGUAGGUUGCAGUAAAUUUAUGCAAUUAAAUGUUUUUUAGCACCGAAAUUCUAACGUAGAUUUUUUUUAGUCAUAUAAUGCUAGAACCUGACAUUCUAACGUAGAUAUUUUAUUCAUAUAAUGCUAGAAUCCACAAAACUAAAAAUAAGUAACAUGUCACAAAGCUAAAAAAAAAAAUUAACUAUAUCCUGCAUGCUACUCUAUUGAAAGUUAUAUCAAACCCACCAAAUAAAAGUUACACAAAAUGUAAGUCACUUGCACUUGUUGAUUUUAUACAAAAGCCAGGUUAAAAAACUUCUUUGUACCAUCUCCCUAAUUUAUCUUUAUUAAAAAAAAUAUCAGCUUCUAUUUGAUUCAGGUAUUAGUUAGCUGUAAAUAGCUCUAUUUGUUCCCUACAAUAGUGUUCAUAUUUACAAGAAAAAUCUUAUAAUAAACUGUUAAGAUAGGAUAAUUGUAUAAAUAUAUAUAUAUAUGUGUGUGUACUAUAUACUUUAAUUAUUAUUAUGGGAACAUAGGUGAUGAUAUGAAAAUAUCAUUUAAAUAUAUGCCUCUUUUCACAAUGCAGAAUCAUUGCGAGUUUGAAAUGAAGAGAAAUAACAAAGAAAAGUCUUAAAAAAUGACUACUGUACAGUCUCUCAUAAAGACAUUGCGUAUAAUAUACUUUUAGUCUUAUAUACAAUUAUAUGUUCACAUUUUUUGCUAGACGCAGUAAUAUCAAUCCAAUGCUCAGUUGUAAGAAAAUCUAUAUACAUAAACACUUUCUGUCAUUACAGAAUUAGUUUACAACUCACAAUUAGAUACAUGAACCUCCCCCCCGAACAACUGAGACAAUAAUCACAUGAACCAAUAAUGACAAAGAAACAUGUAUUGAUGGUGAUCAU